GUUUUCGAAUCUACCGAGAAAACAUGGCUGCCAAAAUGUAUUGCAAGCUGUGAUUUUCAGUCAUUGUUUGGGUGAUGCAUGUCUUUGAUGCAAUAUUGAUACGCCUGAUGCUGUACUGAACCAUAUGGAAUUGGGGUCGGGGUGUUUAAGGUUUCAAGACAAAAUGGAUGAAGUAAUUAUAUGAAUGUGAAAACACAGUCAUAAUUUAUAUCUCAUUUCUCUAUACUCAUUUGUGACUGUCCAUAGUCUCAGCUCAUUACAAAGGCUUCUGACUGAGUUUUUAAAAAAUGUACUGAUUAACAGAUUCACUGUUACUCAGGAAAACUGAUAAUCAUGACUGAAGAAGAAGGGAAAGGUCUCAUUGCCACUGAGAAGACCUUUGAAGAACUUGCUAGGGAAUACUUGGGAGACACUGUAGGGUCUGGUACAGAUGAUGCGGAUCUGGAUGAACUGGCAGACAAGUAUUUGACAGACUUGGACACAUCUCCUGACUCAGCAUUGAAGACAUACAGUUCAGACUGCAGCAAGGUUGUGUCGGAGAAACCAGCCUCAUCCAGUGAAAUGACAGAAGAUGCUGCAGUGACACUAGUUCUUCCCACUGCUUUGGAUUCUCCCAACAAGAGGAAGUCUCCAGGUUCUCCUUCAUCACCUGAUAGGAAACAGAGGAAAACUGGGAUUCUUGAAAUGAAGGAUGGGACCAAAGAGAAACUCAGUGCCACAGUUUCACCAACAGUAACAAGUACAAAUAACAGUAAUGCAGCACCUGAAACUGAAGGAACACAAGAGGGAGACAAAGAUGAAAUGGCUAAACAAGUGGGAAAAAAGUCUUUGUCAGGUAGACCCAAAACAAAAGAGUACCAUUCAGGUGGUCUGAGGCGCAGUAAUGACACAAGACACCAACGGGACAAAUAUUCCAGGGAUGCUGCUAGUAGAUACACUAUGUCAGGACAGAGAGAACAGGGUAGGAGAGGGCUUCUGGGACACUGUCCUCCCAGCCUUAAUGUUAUGGCCAGACCGGAGAACCAGAACAGGAAUGGACCAAGAGGAGGUAGUCAUGAUCAGAAUACAUCAAGAUGGAACGGUGAUCGAUUAGCUUUGGAUGCUAGUUGCAACGAGGGGCCCUGGGGAGAAAAAAGAGAAAUUGGUAGGACAGAAUCAAAUUUUGAGCAUCCUUUCCAAGACAAGUUUGGAAAUAGUGAUGGAAGAAAACCUUUUCAUAGAACAGCUCUUCAUAGAAAUGAAUAUGUGCCUUCUGACUUGUACAGGAGGGAUGGUUUGUUAGAUCGUCCACCUCAACCAUCAUUCAAUAGGGAUGAGAAUAGUCGGAGAAAUGGUCUGUUAGAUCCUCCACCUCAACCAUCAUUCAAUAGGGAGGAGAAUAGUCGGAGAAAUGGCCUGUUAGAUCCUCCGUCUCAACCAUCAUUCAAUAGAGAUGAAAAUAGUCGGAGAAAUGGUCUGUUAGAUCCUCCACCUCAACCAUCGUUCAGUAGGGAUGAGAAUAGUCGGAGAAAUGGUCUGUUAGAUCUUCCACCUCAACCAUCCUUUGGAAAUGAUGAGAAUUUUCGGAGAGAUGGUCUGUUGGACCCUCCUCAAAAUCCAUUCAGUAGGGAUGAGAAUUUCAGAAGAGAUGGUCUGCUAGACCCUCCUCAACCACCUUUCAGUAGGGAUGAGAAUUAUCGGAGAGAUGGUCUGUUGGACCCUCCUCAACCAUCAUUCAAUAGGGAUCAGAAUAUCAGGAGAGAUGGCACUUUUGAUCCUCAAGCAUUUUUCAGUAGGGAUGAGAUAUGUAGGAGAAAUGGCCCAGUUGACCAGCCUCAACCGCCAUUCAAAAGAGAUGAGAAUUUUCGCAGAGAUGGUCUGUUAGACACUCCUCAAGAGUCUUUGAAUAGGAAUGAAAAUUUUAGGAGAGAUGCUCUGUUAAACCCUCCUCAAGAGUCAUUGAAUAGGAAUGAAAAUUUUAGGAGAGAUGCUCUGUUAAACCCUCCUCAAGAGUCAUUGAAUAGGAAUGAAAAUUUUAGGAGAGAUACUUUGUUAAACCUUGGUCAACCACCAUUCAAUAUGGAUGAGAAUUUUCGCAGAGAUGGUCUGUUAGACCCUCCUCGGGAGUCAUUCAAUAGGGAUGAGAAUUUCAGGAAAGACCAUCUGUUAGAUCCUCCAAGACCAUCAUUCAGUAGGGAUGAGAAUUUUAGGAGAGAUGGUUUGUUAGACCCUCCUCAAGAAUCUUUGAAUAGGAAUGAAAAUUUGAGGAGAGAUGCUUUGUUAGACCCUCCUCAACCUCCAUUCAAUAGGGAUGAGAAUUUUCGCAGAGAUUGUCUGUUAGACCCUCCUCGGGAGUCAUUCAGUAGGGGUGAGAAUUUCAGGAAAGACCAUCUGUUAGACUCUCCUCAACCACCAUUCAGUAGGGAUGAGAAUUUUAGGAGAGAUGGUUUGUUAGACCCUCCUAAACCUCCAUCCAAUAGGGACGAGAAAUUUCGCAGAGAUGGUCUGUUAGACCCUCCUCAAGAGUCAUUCAAUAGGGAUGACAAUUUCAGGAGGGACCACCUGUUAGACCCUCCAAAACCACCUUUUAAUAGGGAGGAGAAUUUUCGCAGAGAUGGUCUGCUAGACCCUCCUAAGGAAUCUUUGAAUAGGAAUGAAAAUUUUAGGAGAGAUGCUCUGUUAGACCCUCCUCAACCAGCAUUCAGUAGGGAUGAGAAUUUUAGGAGAGAUGGUUUGUUAGACCCUCCUCAACCUCCAUUCCAUAGGGAUGAGAAUUUUCGCAGAGAUGGUCUGUUAGACCCUCCUCAACCACCAUUCAAUAGGGAUGAGAAUUUUCGCAGAGAUUGUGUGUUGGACCCUCCACAACCACCAUUCAAUAGGGACGAGAAUUUUCACAGAGAUGCUCUGUUAGACCCUCCUCGAGAGUCAUUCAAUAGGGAUGAGAAUUUCAGGAGAGACCAUCUGUUAGACCCUCCAAAAUCUUUUAAAAGGGAUGAGAAGUUUCAGAGAGAUGGUCUGUUGGACCUUCCUCAACCACCAUGUCAUAGGGAUGAGAAUUUGAGGAGAGAUGGUCUGUUAGACCCCCCUCAAGAGUCAUUGAAUAGGAAUGAGAAUUUUAGGAGAGAAGGACUUUUAGAUCCUCAACCAUCUUUUCAUAGGGAUGAGAAAUUCAGAAGAGAUGCUCUGUUGGCUCCUCCUCGUGAGUUAUUGAAUAGGAAUGAACAAUUUAGGAGAGAUGCUCUAUUAGACCAUCCUCAACCACUGUUUAAUAGGGAUGAGAAUUUUCAGAGAGGUGGUCUGUUAGACCAUCCUCAACAGCUGUAUAUAAGGGACAAGAAUUUUCAGAGGGAUGGUCUGGUAGAUCCUCCUCAAGAGUCAUUCAAUAGAGAUGAGAAUAUCCGGAGAGAUGGCCUGUUAGAUCCUCCUCAACCACCAUUCAAUAGGGAUCAGAAUAUCAGGAGAGAUGGCCUGUUAGAUCCUCCUCAACCACCAUUCAAUAGGGAUCAGAAUAUUAGGAGAGAUGGUCUGUUAGACCCUCCUCAACCAUCCUUCAGUGGGGAUGAGAAUUUUCAGAGAGAUGGUCUGUUAGACCCUCCUCAACCACCAUUCAAUAGGGAUCAGAAUAUCCGGAGAGAUGGCCUGUUAGAUCCUCCUCAACCACCAUUCAAUAGGGAUCAGAAUAUCAGGAGAGAUGGUCUGUUAGACCCUCCUCAACCACCAUUCAAUAGGGAUCAGAAUAUUAGGAGAGAUGGUCUGUUAGACCCGCCUCAACCACCCUUCAGUGGGGAUGAGAAAUUUUGCAGAGAUGGCCUGUUAGACCCCCCUCAACCUCCAUUAAAUAGGGAUGAGAAUAUCAGGAAAGAUGGUCUGUUAGACCCUUCUCAACCACCGUUCAAUAGGGAUGACAAUUUCAGGAGAGGUGGUCUGUUAGACCCUCCUCAUCCAUCAUUGAGUCUGGAUGAGAAUAUGCAGCCUCAGUUGGUAGCUAAUACCUUAUACCAAACAUUUGCUUGGGAUGAGAACAUGCAGGCCAUGUUGUUCAACAGAACAGAUAAUCAACUGGAUACCCCACACCCACCCAUAACAUAUGAUGAGAAUGACAGAAGAGAUGCUCAACUAGAUCCCCUACAGCCAACACUUAGGGAUGAGAGCCAGAGAGAUGGCCUGUUACCUCCCCCUCUCCCAGUAUUCAGUGGGAAUGAGCCCACACCAAACAGAAGAGGUCUGUUAGAUCCCCCUAUUGCCAUGACUCUCAGUGGAGAUAUGUGUCAUUUUGAUAACAGACGUGAUGAUUAUGGACACCUGGCAUGCAGAUCACAACCUAAACCUCAUCUUCCAAGAGGUGAACAAGGCAAUGGUGGACAGUCAGUGAAUCAGGGGCCUCAACCUGUGCAUGUUAUAGAGCCCCCCACAGCAUCUUGCAGUGUACAAGCAGAACAGAGGAAGGAUGCAAGGAAACCUAGAGCGUUCAGACGAGGUGUGAGUGUACAUGAAUUUGUUACGAAGGUAGUAUUGACUACAUUCAGCACUACUAGAAGUGCUACAUUGACAGCUGGAAAAUAUAGUGUUCCAGUGAGCUGUAAGUCAGCUGUUCCCCCAGAAAUCAACUUUGAACUGUUAAAAAACUUCCAAGGAGUAUUCAAAAGGCAAACACUGUGUUAAUAGACUGUCAGCAAUGGCUUGCCAGAGGUAUGACACCAUUAAUUACACAAGUAAAUAUGUUCGGCAAAGCACCUCAGACUCCAGCUGAGGUUUGUCGGAGAACGACUGAUUCAUUGAGGAUUUUAGCCUGUACCUGUGUCAAUAUCUCCAAAGGGAGACGACUGCUGAUGAGAUGUCACCUUCCAGAAAAAUAUGGAAUCUUGUGCAGAAUGUCCAAUUCUAUCACUAGCUCUUUGUUUGGUGAUAAAGUUGAUGAAGAUAUUCAUUCAAUACAGAUGGGAACCUCUAAGAUCAAAAUGCUAACUGGACCCAAUGAAGAGACACACAUUCCAAAAGUUAAGACUGAUCUUCUUCGUGAUGAAAACAUUGAUGAAAAUGUAGCCAGUAUGGUCAACUUGGCAUGCACAAAAGAGGGAAUUGUGAAAGAUUUGCGAGAAAAAUAUAAGAUACCUUCUAACCUGAACUGCAUGAUACCCCCAAAGCUAAACCCGGAGAUAUCUAGUAUGCUUCCUGUGGCUUGUGUGGACUUGGACACCAAGCUCCAAGAUGUCCAGUUGUCCACAUCUGAAGCUAUGGUGCCUGGUGUCUACUUGCUGGAGAGAAUACAUGAGAAGAUGUAUAAUGACAGUGAGGCUUUGAAGAUGCUGACUGAUGCCUUAGCUCUCUUGGGAGAUGCUAUGUUUCAGUAUAAUAACCUACGGAUGGAACUCUUUAAGGAGAACCUGCCAUUGCAGCUUCAGCAAGAGUGUGUUUGGAGUAGUACAGAGGAUGAGAGUAUGGUUCCAGAUUGUGAAAAAUGAGCUAGUCAAUGUUUGGGUCAAAAAGAAGAGGGUGAGUUCAUGAGAGAUGUCACAGGAAAGAUUAUUUUAUGCAGACAGAUGAGAUUAGGAAAAAGAUGUAGGAAAGGUGAAAGCUACAGAUGAGGUUAGAUGAAGGGGGACAGAUGAGGUUGGGAUGAAGGUGUGCAUGAGGUUAGAUGAAGGGGGACAGGUGAGGUUAGGGUGAAGGUGUGCAUGAGGUUAGAUGAAGGGGGACAGGUGAGGUUAGGGUGAAGGUGUGCAUGAGGUUAGAUGAAGGGGGGACAGGUGAGGUUAGGGUGAAGGUGUGCAUGAGGUUAGAUGAAGGGGGACAGGUGAGGUUAGGGUGAAGGUGUGCAUGAGGUUAGAUGAAGGGGGGACAGGUGAGGUUAGGGUGAUGGUGUGCACGAGGUUAGAUGAAGGGGGGACAGGUGAGGUUAGGGUGAUGGUGUGCAUGAGGUUUGAUGAAGGGAAAUGAGCAGAAAAUGUGGUUGUAGGAAACGUGUGGGAACAGGAAAGUGAUAUGGGUACAGGUGAUGUUAGCAGAAGGGGAAAGUUGAGGUUAGAGGUAAGGUGUACUUGAGGUUAGAGUUUUCAGGUAGGUGAGGUUAGAUGAAGGAUGUCAGUGAGGUUAUCAAAUUUAAACUUUAAAAAAAAUGAAUGCUUGUGAUACAUGGAAAGGAUUAACUGUAAAAAGAAAGUAUUUGUUUCUAUUGUAAUUUUUAGUCAUUGCAGCUUUUUGUUUAGAGUUGUGUCCCUUAGGUUGCAGGAUGCACUGAUUGCGAUUUGAUAAUAGGAACCACACCCAAAUUUCAGUUCUUUGCCAGUUUAUUGUCAUCAUUUAGUUACCGGUAUCCUGUUGCGUCUUUGUGUGAAACAUACAUCCAGUCGACAUUCAGCCCCCUAUUCCACAAAGGUGUUCAUAGAGCUAUGAUAGUCAUGAGUUGAUUAAGGGAGUUACAACAGUCAUAGUUUUAUGAUCUUGUGAAUCAUUGCUGUUUCCUGGUGUGAUUCUUUAUCAUGCCAUCUAUGUGUGAAAUGUGGAUCAGAUGCACAGUGCUUGGCCUUGCUGAUAAUGUGUUGUAUCCACAUGUAUGAAUGUCUUAAACAUUUAUUUCUCUGUAUGUACAUUAUAUGAAACUUGUUUCUCUCCUUUGAUAUUGACAUGAUUUUGUUAAUAUAUGAUGUUAACAUCAGGGAUGGCAACAGGAAAUCUAUUUUCAGCUGAAAACUUAAUAUUGUGUCAUCGAAUGGGUCAUUUGAAUUGAUCAAUUUGAAAUAAAAUAGUCGGAAAUCCGCAGAUCAGCGGAAAAUUGCCAUCCCUGUAAUAUUGGCUACAUUUUAAUAUUUAGACUAUUCAUGUUCUUGAGGGAGAAUUGAAAUUUGUCGAUAGAUAAACAUGGUUUGUAUAUAUUGUCUGUGUUAAAGUAGUCAUGAUUAACAUUGGAAUGUACAAGAAUACAGGAAUGAAACACUUAAUGAUUUUUCCUGGUGCAGAAAUGAGUUUAAUGUGCUCCAAAUUUUGUAUGGCAAUGUAUGUUGUCUUUUACAUCAUUUAUGGAAAGCUUUAUCAAGUAAUGCUUUUACGGCAAAGUUAACAGUUCAGCAGAGACAAGAAUAUUCUUUUUAGAGUUAAUUUCAUGCAAUGAUUCUCAUAUAGAUUUUGAAAGAAAUAUGGGAAUCUCUAACAUCAAGUCUUUGUUUAGGAUUUCUUCCAUCUGCAAAAGUGCUGAUGAAAUUUUAGGCACAUCCCCACAGCUCUCUAGCGAUACUUUGUGAAACUGAAAUGCUGUCGAAAGGGGCCUUAAUCUAUUACUCAGGAAGACCACUCAACACACUUGUAUUCCAUUUCCUUGUUUUCUUUUCAUAUUAAACAUUAAUUGUGAA